CUGGGCGUUCUGGAAGCACCGGAGCCGGGUGGUGGAGACUGGCAGGGCUGGCCCUCGCCCUCGACCCACCUGCUCUGAUAUGAUGGUCCAUCAAUAGAGGGUUCUAGGUUCCCCGGGACAUGUAGGCGGAGUUAGCGGCUGCCAGGUGUGCAGAGCCUCAAGAGCUUCAGGUACUCUGGGGGCAGCUCUGCCUGAGGCGCUCUCGGCGCAUAUGACGAUGCCCAACUGACAGGAGAGCUAGUGAGGACCAGAACGCGCCCUUUCGGCUCAAGCCCACUGCACCCAUGGCUCUACCGGCCAGUCUGUUGCCCCUGUGCUGUCUGGCACUUUUGGCACUGUCUGUCCAGAGCUGCGGGCCGGGCCGGGGACCGGUUGGUCGGCGGCGUUAUGUGCGCAAGCAGCUUGUGCCACUGCUCUACAAACAGUCUGUGCCUAGCGUGCCGGAGCGGACCCUGGGCGCUAGUGGGCCAGCGGAGGGGAGGGUGGCAAGGGGCUCCGAACGUUUCCGAGACCUCGUGCCCAACUACAACCCCGACAUUAUCUUCAAGGAUGAGGAGAACAGUGGCGCCGACCGCCUGAUGACAGAGCGUUGCAAAGAGCGAGUGAACGCUCUAGCCAUUGCGGUGAUGAACAUGUGGCCCGGAGUGCGACUACGGGUAACUGAAGGCUGGGACGAGGAUGGCCACCACGCUCAGGACUCGCUCCACUAUGAAGGCCGCGCCUUGGACAUCACCACGUCUGACCGUGACCGCAAUAAGUAUGGUUUGCUGGCGCGCCUGGCAGUGGAAGCUGGCUUCGACUGGGUUUACUACGAGUCCCGCAACCACGUCCAUGUGUCGGUCAAAGCUGAUAACUCACUGGCAGUCCGAGCCGGCGGCUGCUUUCCGGGGAAUGCCACGGUGCGCCUGCGGAGCGGCGAGCGGAAGGGCCUGCGGGAACUGCACGGCGGAGACUGGGUGCUGGCCGCGGAUGCUGCUGGCCGGGUGGUGCCCACUCCGGUGCUGCUCUUCCUGGACCGGGACCUGCAGCGCCGCGCCUGGUUCGUGGCUGUGGAGACCGAGCGGCCUCCACGCAAACUGUUGCUCACGCCCUGGCACCUGGUGUUCGCCGCUCGGGGGCCGGCGCCGGCUCCGGGUGACUUCGCUCCGGUGUUUGCGCGCCGGUUACGCGCCGGGGACUCAGUGCUGGCACCGGGUGGGGAUGCGCUUCGGCCGGCGCGCGUAUCCCGAGUGGCGCGGGAGGAAGCGGUGGGCGUGUUCGCACCGCUCACCGCGCACGGAACGCUGCUGGUCAACGACGUCCUCGCCUCCUGCUACGCGGUGCUGGAGAGUCACCAGUGGGCUCACCGCGCCUUUGCUCCCUUGCGCCUGCUGCAUGCGCUGGGGGCGCUGCUCCCGGGUGGUGCAGCCCAGCCGACCGGCAUGCAUUGGUACUCUCGUCUUCUUUAUCGCUUGGCGGAGGAGCUGAUGGGCUAAGCGUCCAAGUAUAGAAGUCCUCCAGGCUUCGGACAACCGAG